UCUUUUGGCGGGAAAAUUACUCCAUUUUUUCGACCUAAUUUGAAUCAAUCGACAUCUUCUUCAGUCCCUGACGCACUGCUGCCUCCGCGUCCGCGAGAUUCUGCAUUUUCAUUUCGCUACAGGUUGCGCGAGGUUCGUUCUCUUGAGAUGGAAGGCAGCCAAAGCGAGGCGGUGUUCAGCUCGUUGAAUCUUAACCCCCAGAUCUUCGUCAACGAAACCCUGAACACCGUCGACGACCUGUUCGACGAAGCCUUCGAUUUCUUUCAUCAAGAAGCGUCGGGCCGUCUGCAAACCGAAGGAACCGAACGGGCCCAUCAUCUGAAGGAGGGCAUUAAUUCCGUUCGGUACAUGGUGCAAUCUGGGUUGGAUAAGCGACUUGAGAUGUGGGAGAAGUAUUGCCUUCAUCACUGUUUUGCAGUCCCUGAAGGAUUCUCCUUACCCAACACUGUAAAUGAAUCUCCAAAACAAAGUUCCACAAGUCAAGAUUUGCUUUCAGACCCUGCUCUUGAUUCACAAUUGGAUUCUCUGAGGGAAAGACUUGCUGAGGUGUCACGACAGUCUGUUGAGCUUAAUAGGGAGCUUCAAGACUUGGAACGAAAAUCCACUGCAACUGAUCGGUGUAACGAACUUCUUGCUGAGGUGUUUCAGUCGUAUGAUAAAAACUCUGCUGAUAGUCUGUUUCAAGAGAUGUUGCAAACUGCAUCCGAAUUUCGUGGAAAGCUUGAGAAUCUUCAGUUUCCCAGGCCAGAGGACACAGGGAGCAGCAAAGUAAAGAUUGGCGACAUAAGCAGCAAUUUGGAAACUCUUGAAGAGUUUCUCGGCAAGUUGAAGGAACUAUAAAAGCAGUCGUAUGCUCAUGAGUCUGCUACAAGGUCAGUAUAGUAUGCGCUCCUCUAUGCUGUCCACGUGAGCCAUAACAUGAUUGUGUCAUUAGAUAGAAGUGUAAGAACGUAAUUGUAUACAUUCAUGCUUUGACGUACCUUGUUGAACAAGAUACUCGAAUCCGUCUAAACAGAUUUGAAGAUUGUUAAGAAUUUAUUGGGUGAGCUGAAGAAUGAUAAGACAAAGAUGUAUCGGUUCCUAUAUAAGCCUUAUAUGAGAUUUGUUACAUGU